AUGGUGCAGGAAAAGGCUCGAGUUCUCAUUGUCGGCACUGGAGGUGUCGGCACUAUGUCGGCCUAUGCGCUGAUGCAGGGUGGCAAGGCUGAUGUCACAGCAGUGAUGCGAUCGAACUAUGAUACCGCCGUGAAAAACGGAAUCAGUAUCGAUUCUAUCCAGUAUGGACAUGACAUCAAAGGAUUCCGACCAACAACUAUCGUCAAAACCGUCCCCAACGUCGCUAAAGAAGGCCUCAAACCAUUCGACUUCAUCCUGGUAACAACCAAGAGCAUUCCGGACGUAUCGCCAACAGUAGCAGAUAUAAUCGAGCCGGCCGUGACACCGGACAAAACAGCAAUCGUUCUCUCUCAGAACGGCCUCAACAUCGAAAAGCCAAUAAUCCCGCGCUUUCCCAGCAACCCUAUAAUCAGCAGUGUUUCCACUGUCGGCGCGAAAGAGCGCGCGCCGGCGGACAUCUUCCACGACGACGCAGAUGCGCAAAAGAUCGGCGCAUUCCAGAACCAAUCGGUUCCUCAGCACAUCGCCGAAGAAGCAGCAAAGAAGUACAUCGGCAUCUACAACCCAGACGGAAAACUAGACUUAGUCUAUGAUCCCGAUGUCAAGCGCUCUCGCUGGCGUAAACUCCUCUACAAUGGCUCUUUCAACCCUAUCGCUACAAUCCUGCGCAUGGAUACCAGACGCAUGCGUAUGUGUCAACAUAUUGUCGAUGACCUGAUUCUCCCGAUUAUGUUCGAGGUGCUUGCUGCUGCGCGUGCUUGUGGUGUGACGGAGCUUACGGAUGAUCUUCCUGGCAAGAUUCUCCUCAAUGAUGACAUGCGGUUUGAGUUUAAACCGUCUAUGUGCCAGGAUAUUGAAAAGGGGAAUCUGUUCGAGAUGGAGAAUAUUGUUGGUGAGCCUUUGCGGGAGGGUGAGGCUUGUGGUGUUGCUAUGCCUACACUUCGGACUGUUUAUGGUUUGCUCAAGGGGUUGCAGCUUCAGGUUAAGGAGAGCAAGGGACUUUGGGAGCCUAAGUUUACUGCUGACAACCCUUACAAAUAG